AUGGCUCUGUCAGAGACUAUGGAGCCUGUCGGGAAUUCCACCGAAAUGUCAACGGAUCUUCCAAACAAUGACAAGUUGGAGGUGAAAGAGGAGACUUCGAUGACUUCCAACGAGGAGGAGAAGGAGGAAGAAUCGAAGGAAGGAUCCGAUGGAAAAAUUGUCGAUGACAACCGGUCACGCAAAAAGUGGAGCGAGCUCUUGCAGAGUCCUCGUGGCACGGAAUGUUUCUCCCCAUCGCUUGACCUUUCAAAACCAGAUAGUCUACAUGGGAUUGGAAUGAGGCUAGCCUCUUCCAAAUCCAGGUCUAUUGGCGAAGUAGCACAUAGGUUACUCAUUUUUCUCACGGAAAUUUCCAGCUUGUACGAUCAAGUGGGCUUGAUUGGCUUCAAGUGUCUUCAAGAGUUGCAACCUUCACAGGAGAUUCUCUUUCCCAAAGUGCUUCAAGAAGAGUCGAAUGAGUUGAAAAUCUCACUGGAAACUUACUCCAUGAGUACACGACAGCUCGCAGAGUACAUAAAAGUGACAAUCUUGAUCCCUCUGGAGGAUUCCUUGAAUUCGAAUGGAACAAUUAUAGCUAAUUCAAACCAACGCUACACUCAAGUACGUCAACUGUGUAAGGAAACAAGAUCUAAAGCCCUCAAUGCCAGGAAAGUAUACCUAAAGGCCGUCAAGAAUGCUGAAUCUUCAUUUGAGUCUUGGAAGAAGGCAAGGGAAAGCACUGCGCCAACAUUAGCUUCGGAUUUUGAGGAGAUGGCUGACGAUGUGGAAGGUUGGGAAAAGGCGCUAACAAGACUUGGUGCAAACGUUCCAAGCAAUACAGCCUCUCUGAUUCAACUUUUGAAAACUGUCCAGAGCUGUGAAACCAAGUACCGCGAUCUUGUUGUCAAAGAAAACAAGCUCAUAGACGAGGCACAAGCUGUGGAAGUGUUGGGUCUUGAUGAGAUACAGUCAGUGGUCGAUAAUCGAUUUGACUUUUUUGUCAAUUCAGUAGGACACAACAUCAUGGUCUUUGAAGAGAAGGCCAUAGGAGAGAUGGUUGUUGGGCUGAUCGAAGGAAAAUCUCCUAAUGCUUUGCAAAGCGCUUUGCAGGAGAAAAUGGACGGCGCACUGUUCUUGAACAAUUUGUUCAAGCAGCAAAACAUGAAGUACGAAGAAGGAAAGGGAGCGAUGGAGGCUGAUAUGCUUGGAUUAUCACAGGAAACUGGCGAACUUCGUGAUAAGAUCCAAACUGCUUUCGCUACCCGAAGUUCACGCAUCAAGGUCGUACAGGCGUUGAAGAGUGUUUUAGAGGCAUUUGCUUCCGCAAACUCCAAGUUUUCCAAAUCCAUGAAAACGAAGACUCAAACAGGAAAGAUAAAUCCUACUGAAACAGAGUCAUUGCUAGAUGUUGCAAUGAAUAACAUUGGGAAAAACAGUGUCGACCUGAUAGAAGGCAUAUUGCGUGUUCUUCAAACCGAGGCUACUUCAACCUUGGAAUGUGUUGACGAAUUGAACAACAUUGCAAGAGGUAAGCUCGAUCCGUUGUUGGCAAGUGCACCACAACGGUUAGAAGCCAUAAUCUCGACCGAAGACUCCGAAUGGAAACAACUUUGCGAAGCAUCACGGUCAGAAUCAAGAGCCGAAACUCGGUAUAAUCAACUAAAGCUACAGCUUGAACGAGGUCGUGAUCGCACAGCAUCCACUGAUAGUGUUGCAACCCCAGUCGAUGAUGGCGACUCGGGAACUGUGGAUGAUCCUGAUGACAAGCCGGCGGGAACACCUUCGCGAAUGAGCAAAAUUGGAAGUAUGCUUGCUGGAAACGACGCAAUAAAGAAACUUCAAGAGAAUGCUAUGAACACAAUUACAAAACUGAAAGAUGAGAAGAUGGGCAAAGAACGGCAAGCAGUGGCUGAGGCAUCUGCGGUUAAGGACGAUGUUCUUGGAAAAUAUCUAUCAAAUGCAAAACAGCGAUUGGAAAAACUCGAAACUGAAGACCGCAAAGGAUGGGAAGACCUCAAGUCAACACUCGAAUCUGUUGUCACUACCGUUACGAAACUGCUUGAGUGCCGACAAGCUGCGCGCACAUCGACACAAAAAUCCGACAACUUCACAAUCGACAAGAUGGUAGAUGAUGUUGCUGGCUGGUUGGAUUCUUCGAAAACGAAAAUCAUUGAGGCCGAGCAAGAUGGUUUAUUUGUAACCUUAAACAAUACUGACACAGAUGCAGGCUACGCACUAAGUGUUGCAAAGGCGGAAUCGAAGCCUGUUGAAGCGCUGUUGAAUCUAAAGGGGGGCGAAGACAGCGUAGAAACCCUAGGCAUUGGCCAAAUCGUGUGGCCUGAGAGACCAGAGGAAAAGAAAGGAACAGACAACUCGUCAAAUGGUGCACAGGCAGUCGAAACGAAGGGUACAGCUGAUCGAUCCGAGGAGCCGAUCGCAAAGAAUAGCGGCCACAAAGCGCUACACCGAUCAUUAACGACACCUAUAUCCACAACACAGGGAAUAGUCAAGCCUUCCAAACAGAAUGGGAAGUCUUUCGAUGAUUCGAAAACUGAAAAUGACUCAGAGAGUGCGUUGAGGCAGUCAUUCAUCAGAGCUUUCUGGUCGCAAAAAGAAGAGGAAGCCCCAGUCAUCCUACAAACAAUUUCAUGUACUUAUAGGGUGAGGGAAAAGGGAUCAUUCCUCAUACAGCCUGUUCAAGGGCGAGUUUUCACCACUGGAGAUAGCGUCUACUUUUUGGCAUUGGACGGCAAAAAGUUAUCACUACUGUGGUCAAAGGUUACUAGUGUCGAAGUGGAAAAGGGAAUACUUGGAAGCAACGAUAAAAGUAUCGUAAUCUCCUACAAGCUGGAGCCAGAUGCGAACGAAUUCGCCUUUGUCCUUGGUCGUUUACGGUCGAGAGAUGCGACACUGGAGCAUUUUCGUGAGUUACGUGAUCGAAAACAGAGCGAGACCGCGACACCAGACGCCCCAGCUACUAGCGACAGUUCCAGAUCUAGUUUCAGUCCGGUCCCUCCUGAUAAAACCAUAAAAAAGAUGGAAACAGUUCUUUCUAGAACCAUUAAAGGUGUCCCCAUCAAGAGUCUAUACGAGAAAGUGUGGUCUGAAGGUGAAAGAACGUCAGAAAAACCGUUCUACGGGGAAUGGCUGAAAACAGAAGGUUGUUUCGAGCUCCAGCUUGGCAAUUGGGAGUUUGCAACGGAUGAUGUGGGUUUCGUGAACCCAUGGGAUAAGGAACGUUACCAACAGAAGCGCUUGAUCAAGUUCAAAUUCAAACGCACGACCCACUUGUAUAUUGGUCCGCCAAUCGCAAAUGUGGUUCAGCAGCAAUAUUGUAGGGUUGAAGGCAAUGACAGGUGUGUUAUGGCUAUGUGUCUAAGUUUUGUCGGCAUACCGUAUGCAGAUAGUUUUGCGGUCGAGGUGCGUUGGAUUGCAACCCGAGAAGGGAGCAACGAUGUAAAGAUAGAAGUUGGUCUAUUUGUUGACUUUAAGAGGAGGACCAUGCUCUCGAGCAAGAUCGAAACAGGUACGAUAUCAGAAACCAAGAGUGUUCACAACCGAUUGUUUGAGGCAGUGAAGAAAGUUUGUACCACAGGCGGUAGCGAGUCUGGUGAUUCAGAUGAUGAGGUGGAGGUGGAGGUGGAGCAGGUCGAAGACGAAGAAGUAGCAGGCGGGUCCACUUCGACAACGUCGAUAUUUGAUCUACCAUUAGUUCAAAAGCUGGCCAUAUCCGUUGCAGGCCCGGUGAUUGCUUAUGCAAUUUUUAGAUUCGCCUUUGGUAGUAGAAGUGGGUCCACUCUUGGAGGAUCAGAUUUACAGCUCUUGCUUGGGAAGGUUGACAGCCUUCAAAAGGAUGUCGAGACGCUACAAAAGGCCGUCGAUGCCCUGACAAUCAUGCUAAAGGAGAAGAGAUAA